CAGCAAACGCACACACAGAACGUCCAGCACACCGAAGACACAGAGCAAGACCGUGGACGUGGAGAGCAGGAAGCGAGAAGGACCAACAGGGCAAGACAAGACAAGCGACACCAGAUGGACGACGAGUCGGACAUGUCCGACCAUGAAAUCUAUGGCGAGCAAGUUGGGCUGAACACACCGCUCCUGGAUGAGAGCGGGCCUGGGAGCAAGCAGGAUGCCAACUUUGCACACAUGAUCGCGAGUGUGGAGCAGGCCAUCGCAGAGGACAUUCUCCCGGAAAUGAUCUUGCAAGGGUCGAGUGGAUCGUACUUCUGCCGUAACACGAGCAACGAGAUUGUCGGCGUAUUCAAACCCAAGAACGAGGAGCCAUACGGGCACCUGAACCCGAAAUGGGGCAAGUGGAUCCAGAAGCAUUUCUGCUGCUGGUGCUAUGGUCGCGACUGCCUCCCACAAAACCAAGGCUACCUGUCUGAAGCCGGUGCAUCGCUUGUCGACCAAGCCCUCGGCCUGAAUAUUGUGCCCAAGACAAAGGUGGUCAGGCUUGUCAGCUCAAGCUUCCACUAUUCCCGAUUUGAUCGUGCACGCGCACGCGCUGUGCAGAGCGCAUCUCGCCGCUUCCCAGAGACGGUUGGGAAGCACCUGCGCCAGGGCCUGCCGCCCAAAAUCGGCUCCUUCCAGGUGUUUGUGCGCGGCUUCAAGGACGCGUCAGAGGUGCUUCGCUCGCUCAACUUUGAUGAGUUGCAGCCGGAAACACAGGACAGCCUGACGCGCCAGUUCCAGCACAUGGUUGUCUUAGACUACCUCACCCGAAAUACAGACAGAGGCAACGACAAUUGGCUCCUCCGAUUCACCCCGGCGGACGAGGACGGAAACGGAGAAAGCAUCCAGCUCGCCGCCAUUGAUAACGGACUUUCGUUCCCAAAGAAACACCCGGACAACUGGCGUGCUUAUCCAUACUAUUGGGCGUGGCUGUACCUGGCGCGCUUCCGGUUCCGCGACGACAUUGUUGAGAAGCUGCUGCCACAGCUGCGCGACGAGACGUUUAUUGAGGGCCUGUGCGAGCGCCUGUACCUCCUCUUCAAACAAGACUAUGGUUUCUCUCGUUCCGUGUUUGAGAAAAAAAAGGCGCUCAAUCUCACAAAAGCGCUUGAGCAGCGCCUCUCACCCGCAGAACUUGUCCGAUUACCGCCAAUCACGGUUGAGCUGUCGCGGCGGCGGCGGCGAGGGAGCUCGACGUCAUCCGAAGGUGCAAGCCGGUACACACAGGUCGUCGCAGACAGGCGCCCCUUCUUUCAGUGGAUCUGACAUGAACAAGAAUCUCCGGCCCUCAAACGUCACACCCCAACGCCAGCCGGUCGUUGAUCACGCACACCGGCUGACAUGCUCCGUGCAUGCGUGACAUUGCGUUGGUGUUGGUUGUGCAACCUCUCUCCUGUGCUCCCCUUUUGUUACACUGGUUACAGUUCUCUCUCUCUCUCUCUGCUCCUGCUGUUGCUGUGUUUAUCCACACCCAUGCUGCGCUUGCUUUUCUCUCACUUGUCAUUGUUCUGUUGUAGGACCGGAUCAAAUACACAUCAUACUUGACACA